GACUUUUGAAUCGGAAUUGCGGUUUCUACUCGCCGCAGAUUUGCCGAAAAAAUUGUGCAACACAGAACACAAUUCAAUGUUAUUUGUUUCUCCACAAAGAGAGAAAGGUGUUAUUGUAGUUGAAUACUUAAGUGGGAAUGGAAAAACAGUCUUUCGCUCCAAGUGCAAGUAAACGGAAGGAAUGCUGGAAAGCUAGAGACCAUUUUGUUCAGUGCACAAGAGACUAUAAAUCCGAAGAGGACCAAGAAAAACAUUGCGCUACUUUGAAAACGGCAUUUGAAAACGCUUGUCCGAAAGUUUGGGUGAAGCAUUUUGUUCGGCAACAAUCUUGGAAAGAUUAUAAACAAGACGUUCUUCAGCAGCGUGCCAAUCAACAAAGUAAUCCGCAAUAAAAUGUAUGAAAAAGUGAAAACCCAUAUCCUUCCUGAAAGUUCCUCAAGUUUGUAUGGUAAUUUAGACGUGAAAUAUGAGAACGACGGGGAUACGGGACAUAAAUCAAUGACUUUGCUGUCAAUUCAUAACACUAAUGUUAAUUUAUUAAGCUUCCAAAGUGGCACAACUGUACACGCGCUUAUUUCCCCUGACAACCCAGGCUCUAAAAAUAAAAGUAAUGUAGUAGCUGCCAAGUGGCUCCAAUUAUUAAAAGAAAAUAUUCUGGUCGUGCUUAGCCAUAAAGGACUAGUCAUUUUUGACUCUGAAGGCCAAUUAAUGAUGUUUUCAUUGGCAAACAGUGAAAUUGAUGAAACAAGCUCAUGUCUAAGUAUCGCAUGUGCUAAAUCGAAAUAUAUUUGUGUCGGAACAAGCAGUGGUAAAGUUCUUGUUAUUUGUCUAAACAAAAAUGUGUACACAGUUAAAACUACACUACAUGACCAUACUCUACCUGUUAUGUGUCUCUCUGGUUUGCAAUCCUCAAAAUCUAAUGGGGUCGAUAUGGUAAGUGCAGAUGAUGGUGGGACAAUUCAUUGCUACAAAGCAGGUUCAGAUCUCUUGUUAUCCGGCAAAAUUCCUGGUACUGGUGUAGCUUGUACUUCUGUGAAACUGGUACAAAAUGGCAUGGUGGUGGCAGGGUACCUUACUGGGCACAUUCGUAUAUUUGAUUCGUCUUCAUUCACCCUGCUUGCUGACAUAGCUGGCCAUGUCCGUGCAGUAUCAAGUCUUGAUGCGACCACUUUAGAAGAGAAGUCAAGUUACAAUGUCAUUUCUGCAAGUGAAGACAGCUUCUUAAGAGUUUGGAAAAUUUCCAACCAAGAUACUAUACAAGUAUCUCAUGAAUGGUGUUCUUCAAUAAGAGACACACAGCUUUGUGGGGUGCGAUUUUGUGACGAAUCUGGCCAAGCUUUUGUAGCGUCAGGUUACGAUUGCAAGGAAAUUUGGCAAUUUUCAAGAAUAUAUUGAAUGCUUUAAAACUGCAAAAACAACUGAACAUUUUAAGAUCGAUGUUAGUUUUGCUUGUUGAUUAUCAGUAGUUUGUAGUGUUCCUCUUCGUUAUACCAACAUUUGACCUAAAAGAUUCAUAUAUAUAAAUAAUUGAAAUGGAACAUGUGUUUUGCGAUUUGUGUUGUAGUGUCCCCAAUUUUAAUUUUAGACUGUAAUGAAUUAAAUUUAUGUGUAUCUAG